AUGGGGGUGAAUGGCAUGUAUGAGAAGAGCAGAAUGCUGAACAUACAGAACAACGCGUGGGGUGGUCGCCAGGAGUGGUACCAAGACAGUUUGGUGACAGGACAAUCCAACCCUGACAGCUGCCAGCAACUGGAGAGUGGCCUGGAUCCUGAGCACGCCCAAGGUGCCAGCAGCCAAGACCUAGAUGAGUCCCAAAUCCGUUUGCAGCUGAAGCGCAAAUUGCAAAGGAACCGGACAUCUUUUACCCAGGAGCAGAUUGAGGCACUGGAGAAAGAGUUUGAGCGCACUCACUACCCUGAUGUCUUUGCCCGUGAACGCCUGGCAGCAAAAAUUGAUCUCCCAGAGGCCCGGAUCCAGGUCUGGUUCUCCAACCGCCGAGCCAAGUGGCGUCGGGAGGAAAAACUGCGGAACCAAAGGCGCCAAGCAGGGGGCACCGGGGGGCACUUGACCAUAAACAGCAAUUUCGGCACUGGGAGCAGUACUGUCUACCAGUCCCUGCCCCAGCCUGCCGGCUCAGGUACUAUGCUGGGCCGUACAGAAAGCACCCUCAGCAACAAUUAUGGCGCCCUUCCACCUUUACCCACUUUCUCUAUGGCCAACAGCCUUCCUAUCCAGGCAGUGCCCCCUGUUGCCAGCCAGACGUCAUCUUAUUCCUGCAUGCUCCCCAGCAGCUCAUCAGCGCGAAACUACGAUUCGUACACACCCUCCCAGCUCCCUUCCCAUAAUCUGAGCUCCAGCAAUGGAGCUUCUACUGGGUUAAUCUCUCCAGGAGUAUCGGUUCCUGUACAAGUUCCGGGUGGGGACCCUGAUCUUACCCAAUAUUGGCCAAGGCUGCAGUGA